GAGAACCUUAGUGUUAUCGGAGUCCUGAUCUGUGAGCGGCUACUUAAAAUUCUCACUAUUGUUUUUGUGAUACUUGGUUUCCCAUUCUCUCUUCUUGCUUGUCUGCGUGUGAUUCCCCAGUACGAACGCGCGGUCAUUUUUCGUCUUGGGCGACUCACAUCAAGUUCUGCGCUUGGCCCCGGUCUUAUCUUCAAGCUCCCUUUUCUCGAUCAAAUGCGUCGAGUGGACUUACGAACCUUCACUUUUGACGUACCGACUCAGGAGGUUCUCACCAAGGACUCAGUCACUGUUGCUGUUGAAGCAGUUGUCUAUUAUCGCAUAUUUGAUCCCGUCAUGUCUGUAGUGAAUGUAGAGAAUGCAAAUCGCUCCACGCGUCUGCUAGCACAAACAACAUUGCGCAACGUUCUGGGCACAGUGGACCUCUAUGCUCUUCUCACCGAUCGAGAGGAAAUAGCUGCGAUGAUGCAAGAAACUCUAGACACGGCAACAGACACUUGGGGUGUGAAGGUGGAACGUGUAGAGAUAAAGGACGUUCGGUUGCCUCUCCAGCUACAACGUGCGAUGGCAGCGGAAGCGGAGGCCACACGAGAGGCUCGAGCAAAAGUAAUUGCUGCGAAGGGGGAGGAAGAUGCCUCCAAGUCGUUGAAGGCUGCAGCGAUGGAGAUUUCUGCUUGCCCAAUCGCCCUACAGCUGCGGUAUCUCCAGACCCUGGCAGGGAUUUCUGCCGAGAAGAACUCUACCAUAGUCUUCCCCCUACCCAUUGAUUUCCUGAACCUCUUUCGAGGUUUUAGAGAGAGUGGACGGGAGGGUAGGGAGUCGUGUCUUUCAGGUCUGGUCGACGUGCCCCACAUUCCACGGCCCCAAUUGACUCGAGAGGCGGAUGUAUCCAUGCUGAGUUUGCGCUGCUUGCCCUCUGGCCCUAACUUUAUAUAG